GAAGAUGCCUUUGCUCUCGUUCGAAGGUGUAGAGGUGGAUCUCCCCGCGAAUCUGGCAGGAAUUCAGUUUGAGUUCACAGCAGGAUCGCUCACGAUCCACUGCUGCAACUUCACGGGGGACGUCGUGCUGUCCAAGCGAAACGGACAAGACUUGAGUAGCAAGGGCUCGAGUCCCAGCAAGAAGCGUACGAUCGACCUCAGUGCCAGUGACGACGAUGACGACGAAGCAGACGCCAAGCGACAGCGACCUAAUUUCCUCAAUGAGACCGAGCAGACCUUACUCCUCGGUCUUCAGAGUGUCAGCAAUCAGGAGGAACCCAAGGCAAAAGGGCAAAAGACAGAGGUAGAAGAAGUACAGGCAGAACCUGAUGCGGAGGAGGAGAAGAAAACUGCGACGGAUCAGGCAACGGACUCGGCGGACGCGUUGGAAUCGACGACGACAGGGGAAACAGACAAGAAAACGCCACCCAAGAAGAGCAAGAAGAGGGCCAACAACGUCAAGGAAAAAGUGAAUGUCUUCUUCUCGCCCGAGCCAAAGCAGCCGACGUCGCGUAAGCCAACACCUGAUUCCAACAAGAAGCGGAAUAAAACACCCAAGUCCUCGCCGGGUAAAUCCAUUAAAGACCUCAUGGGCGGCCCCCCGAAGCCCAAGCCAGCAGCUGCAGCGAAGUGGGAAAUGGUGGAAGCCCUGGGUAAUGCCCCUCCUGAACGCUGGGGUCAUACCGCUACGAAGAUCUCAGAGGAGCGCGUGGUGGUAUACGGUGGCACUGACGACGACGAGCGCACACUGGGAGACUUGCACGUGUUUGACAUGAAGACGCACCGAUGGUCGACUCCGCUCAACUGCGAAACGAUCACGCGCACGUGGCACGACGCUGUGUAUCUGCCCUCCAAGAACUUAGUUCUUGUGUUUGGGGGCGAGCGCAAUGCGGCAGCUGAAGGAGAGAUCGACAUCUUGUCCGACAUCAUGGUGCUAGACACGGAAUGUUUGCUGUGGUACCCGCCGGCUAUUCGAGGAUCGCCACCCUCUGCGAGAAGCGGCCACACGUGCACUGCUGUUGGGAAUGAAGUGGUGGUGUUUGGUGGUAGCGGAGGACGAAACAGACAGAGCUCAGUGCACAUCUUGGACUGCGACGACUGGAACUGGAAGGCUGCGAAAGUGGAAGGGAAACCGCCUAGUGCGCGCACAUACCACAGCGCAGUCGCUGUAGGCGAGGAUAAAAUUGUCUACUUUGGAGGCAACGGUGCUUCCAAGAGUUUCAACGCCGUGCACGUUUUGCAAAAGAUGGAGAAGAAAGCGAGUGCUGCUGUGUGGACGUGGUUCCAUCCCUGUGUUGUUGGUGUUCCUCCGCAAGAACGCACUGGGCACUCUGCGACGCUUUUGAAUGACGGCAAGAUCCUCAUUUUCGGUGGUUGGGACCCGCAGCGCGAUGACGCAACUGCAGCUACGAGUGUGUUUAGCGAUGUAUUCCUGUUGGACACGAACACUUGGGAGUGGCAACCUGUUACUUACGCAGACGAAGGAAGCGCUGACACUGCGCUGCGAGGACGCGUGGGACACGGAGCUGCGCUGGAUUGCAUCGGAAAUGUGCACCUUUUCGGCGGCCAAAAUGGCGCCGAACAGAGACUCAAAGACAUUUGCACGCUCACAGUUUCGCGGAGACAAGAGGACAAGCCAACGGACUCGACCACCAGCAGUCUAGAGAACGUCUAGAACGAGCCAAUACGGUGGUAUUGAGCAGCAAAAUAUUGUAAAAAAAAAUGUUGUGGCUUUUGAUUCAUU